GGCUUCAAACUUCACAUUUAUACUGUCCCGAUAGGUGUACAGUUUUGAUUUUCUUGUGAAAGGCUUUACCGAAUAAGCAGUCAACAUGGUAAAGCCUCAGUUUAAGGGGAAGAACUCGAUAAACCCUUCUUCAUCCAGCUCGAACCCCGAUCGAGCCAAAGGUGCAGGGGGAAACAACAUGAGGGACAGAGCCACCAUUAAGCGUCUGAAUAUGUACAGACAAAAACAAAGAUGUAACAACCGAGGGAAAGUUAUCAAACCUUUACAGUACCAGUCUACAGUAGCACCAGGAACAGUGGCCAGAGUUGAACCCAACAUCAAAUGGUUUACAAACACUCGAGUGAUAAAGCAGUCAGCCCUCCAGAAGUUUCAAGAGGAGAUGGGAUCAGUACAGAAGGAUCCAUACCGUGUGGUGAUGAGGCAAAGCAAACUGCCCAUGUCUCUUUUGCAUGACAAAGCCAAACCUCAUAACUCUAAGGUGCACAUACUAGACACUGAGGGAUUUGAGACCACAUUUGGACCUAAGGCUCAGAGGAAGCGGCCCAAUCUCCUGGUUGGAGAUGUGAAGGAUCUUGUAGAGAGAGCGGAGGCUUCAGCGUUGAACUACAGUGCCGACAAAGACACGAACUUGGUGACAGAGGACACUGGUGUCCGGGAGGAAGUACGUGAGGAGAUUUUCAAAAAGGGUCAAUCGAAGAGGAUCUGGGGAGAACUCUACAAGGUGAUCGACUCGUCUGAUGUCAUAAUCCAAGUGCUGGACGCCCGUGAUCCGAUGGGAACCCGCUCCAAAAGCAUUGAGACAUAUCUGAAGAAAGAGAAACCUUGGAAACAUCUCAUCUUUGUAUUAAACAAGUGUGAUCUUAUCCCUACCUGGGUCACGAAACGAUGGGUUGCCGUUCUGUCCCAAGAGUAUCCAACUCUAGCUUUCCAUGCCAGCCUGACCAACUCAUUUGGUAAAGGUUCUCUCAUCCAGCUCCUCAGGCAGUUUGGGAAGCUCCACACAGACAAGAAACAGAUAAGCGUGGGUUUCAUUGGCUACCCAAACGUGGGAAAGAGUUCAGUUAUCAACACUCUGCGCUCAAAGAAGGUCUGCAACGUGGCACCCCUCGCUGGAGAAACAAAGGUGUGGCAGUACAUCACACUAAUGAGGCGCAUCUUCCUCAUCGACUGCCCCGGUGUCGUUUACCCAUCAGAGGACAGCGAGUCUGAUAUAGUCCUAAAGGGAGUGGUUCAAGUGGAGAAGAUCAAAAACCCAGAAGAGCACAUCGGUGCGGUACUGGAACGAGCCAAACCCGAGUACAUCCAGAAGACUUACCGAAUCCCAACAUGGAGUUCUGCUGAUGACUUCCUUGAGAAGCUGGCAUUCCGUACUGGGAAGCUUCUAAAGGGAGGUGAGCCCGAUCUCAGUACGGUCUCCAAAAUGGUUUUAAAUGACUGGCAGAGGGGACGGAUCCCCUUCUUUGUGAAGCCUCCUGGACCAGAGGGAGAUCCAGAAGAUGAAAAACCAUUGCCCCUGGAAGGUCCACCGGCUGCAGAGCAGAACGUUCAGGAGGAACAGGCGGAUAAUCUGGACGGCGCGUCCGGAGAACGAGUUGUAGAACACACAGUCGACAAUAGUCAAGUAUAA